CUGGCAGCUGUCUUUUCCCACCUGGGGCGAACGGAUUGCCAAUUCAGAGCGGCAAGCCGCAUGUUGGUAUCGGAUCCCUGCAUGACAACAGCCCUCUGAUGCUUACACUGCCCGCCGUUCGGUCAGCUCCAGCCUCUCACGCAUGGCUACUCGGGUUUCUGUCACCCCGAUGUCACAGCGGGGGACGUGCGGCGUUGAAGUUGAGUUUGCGUCAGGACAGCCAUGCAUCCCUGACAAGGUCAAGCAUCUCCCCAAGUUCUGACGUUUCGCAUAUUGAACUGAACGGAUUGUUUUAAAAACAAGUAGUCAGCCCGUCGAGGGUUGACCUUCCGCGCCACCUCCUCCGCCCGCCUAUUCACCGGGACAAAAUUUAUCAGCGUCCGAUCCGAACCAGAGGAGUUGCAAAGAGCAGAACGUCUGCAAACGAGCUUGUGUACCGAUAGAAUGCCGAAGGGCUCAAGGCAGUAUCACGGAAAGACGAAGAACGGGUGCCGACAGUGCAAGAAGCGUCGUGUCAAGUGCGACUGCGUCGGUCCCGUAUGCGCCAACUGUCGCCGUCGCCAAGAACACUGCAGCUAUCUCGGGCUGCUGGCAGACGCCCUUAACCGCGAAAAUGGAGAGAAGGCUAGCGAUACCCUGAGUAUGGUCCGCCGUGCCGCCACGGUUGCGGCACACGCAUCUUCACGAGAUGCCCUCAGCGCUUCAUUACCUGCCGAGAAGCUUCGCGCCGAUGAGGCCGAGCUCAAGCACCACUUCCUGAACGAGGCUUGGUUCACCUUUUCGUUACAGACCGAUCCUCGGAAGUGUGACGUGUGGUCGAGAUGGGUGCCCCAGCUGGCGUCACGCAACGUGUUCAUCCACCAAAGCAUGCUCUCCAUCGCGGCUCUACACCUAUGCUACCUCGAACCGCCAAACGCGAAGCGAUACUAUUCGAUGGCUUGCCAACACGCCAUACAAGCGAGCAACUAUUUCCGGCUCGCUGUUCCUCAGGUCACAGAGGAGAACUGGCUGGCUACCUUUGUGUUUUCCAUGUGCAAUGGUAUUUUUGGGUACUACCGACCGUUUGCCGACGAGAAGGUGAUGGGACAGGUCAGCACGUUUGAGCCUUGCAAAGCUCUCACAGUAAUGCGGGUAGCGGCCAGAUUCUCAGACACGGUCACGCCGCACGUCUUCAAGAGUCCUAUACGGGACAAGCUAGCACAAGUCGACAUAAAAGUAUGGCGCGACAGCAGCGACAUAUUGCUACGACCAACCAUACAGAAGAAAGCCAAGUUUGUUGAGUUCCUAUGCCUGGGUCCCGAAACGACGGGGAUACCAGUCGAAGACAUCAAGAUAUACCUCGGUGCCCUCGGCGCACUCAAGUCCUGGAUUAUGUCUCUCCCUGGACGGCCGAGGAUAUGGAAGCACUUUAUCAUCUGGCCGUCGCUGGUGUCGGAGCAAUACCUCUCGCUUCUGAGGCUGAAGGAACCCGUGGCGCUCAUGAUCUUUGUCCUCUGGAUCGAAGUCAUGUUCCUCGCGCCGCGGCGAUGGUACCUCAUGCCCUGGUACGAUCGUGGGCAUGCCAGCGCGAUAGCGGAACUCAGCAAGCAGGGUGACACACCCGCCCGCCGGUUCUGGGAUGUUCUGCAGUCGGAGGACAGUCAGUCUGAUACCACGGGCGAGGAUUCCGAGGGCAGUGUUGGGUGGGCAAGUAGUCCGUCCAUUGCUAGAAGCGACGACGUCGGGGGGCGAAGAGGCGGGAUUGUGUUGUUGUCGACCGGCGAGGAGUAUGUUGGACAGGAUAAAGGGUGUGGUGGUGGUAGUAGCGGGUAUAUGAGCAUUCCGGCUUUGGCGCAAAAGGCGAGCUAAUAAUGGCACGACAGUAAGGGCCCUCAGGUUCCUGAAUUGCCAGGUGCCUGAUACGUUUUGCAGCGGAAGGAAUGCAAACAUAACCUGGUCUCGAGACCAGAACGGUGGAACAUUACACGACCACGAUGACAUCUCGGAUUUGGCCUGUGUUUGUGGCCCCAGUGACACUGCCCUCAAGCUGCGAAAGGUCGCGAUAUUUGUUAUCACGACCUGGCUGGGGUACUGAUCUGACGUACCGACCGACAUUUACCCAGCUACUUUUGGCCCGUUGUCCCAUCGAUGAUCGACUAGGACGCAUGACGGACGUGGCGGUCGUAUACUCAUCAGCACCAAGCA